AUGCGUCUAAUUGACACCUCAUCCCUCACUCUACACGAAUUCUCCGGAGCCGACACUCCCAAAUACUGCAUCCUUUCUCAUCGAUGGGAGGAGACAGGAGAAGUCUCAUUCAAGGACCUCCAAGCGGGCAUAGGACCCGAACUAAAGGGUUACUCCAAAGUCCUCGGUUGUUGUAAGCAAGCCGUCCUUGACGGUUGGAAAUAUGCGUGGAUCGAUUCCUGCUGCAUUGACAAGUGGAGCAGUGCUGAGCUUCCGGAAGCGAUUAAUUCGAUGUUCUUGUGGUAUCGAGAAGCUCAAGUGUGUUAUGCGUAUCUGUCUGACGUGCCUUCGAUUAAAGGGUGCAAUGAGCACACGACUAACUUAAACAUGGCGCAAAGUAAGUGGUUUACUAGAGGUUGGACAUUGCAAGAGUUGCUGGCUCCUGAGUAUGUGGUGUUUUAUGACGAAAACUGGGAUGAGAUAGGGACGAAGGCUUCCUUGGCGGAUGUCAUACAGCGGCGGACAGGUAUCAAGGACCUGAGACGAUGGGAAGAAGCUUGUGUGGCACAGAAGAUGAGCUGGGCUGCUUGGAGGCAGACUACUCGUGUGGAGGAUCUAGCAUACUCGCUUUUGGGAAUAUUUGGUGUGUAUAUGCCGCCUUUGUAUGGUGAAGGGAACAACGCAUUCCUAAGACUACAACUCGAAAUCGUUAAUAGGUCCGGCGAUGAAUCCAUCUUUGCCUGG